GACAGACGCUCUGCUGGUGAAGCUGUCCCUGCUGAUGGGCCAGGAGGUGUUUUAUGGAGCUCUGUGGGGCAGUGUCCUGGUCAGCCCAUCCAUCAGGCUCCCUGCUUCCCUCUUCGUGGUCACUCACAUCGACAGGGAGCUCUCAGGGAAGCAGCAGAAGUUCAUGCUUGGCACAGAUCACGAGCUCACAAUCAAGUCUCUGUGUGUGUCGGUGUUGGAUUCCAAUGUCCUUGUGCAAAGGAACACUCUGGAAGCAAUCCUCUUCUUCUUCCCCUUUUACACAGCUCUGGACUGCAAUGAGAGCUCGAUUCUGCUGCCCAGGGCUGAUUUAAUCUACAUCCUGUCAGCAGCAACCCAGACCCUGCUGAGGAGAGACAUGUCCCUCAACAGAAGGCUGUAUGCAUGGCUGUUAGGCUCUGAUAUUAAAGGCGGUACCUUUGCUCCAGACUCCACAGCUUCCGAAGACCAGGCUGUUUAUUUCUUUGGGAAAUAUUCCAAAGAUCUUUUGGUUGAGAGCUUGGUUGUGAUUUUGCACCAGAAAUUUCCCGAGUCCGAUAAUCCAGAGGAGCAGCACCAGGCCUACCUGAAACCCUUCCGCAUCCUCAUCAGCCUCCUGGACAAACCCGAGAUAGGCCCACAGGUGGUUGGGGAUCUGUUCCUCGAGGUUCUCAGAGCCUUUUAUUCCUACUGCAAAGAUGCCCUGGGUUCUGACCUCAAACUCAGCUACAAUCAAAGUGGCAACACCCUGGCCAGCGCAAUCAAAGAGAACAAAAACGCCUCUGAGAUUGUCAAAACAGUCAAUCUGCUGAUCACGUCCUUGAGCACGGAUUUCCUCUGGGAUUACAUGACCAGAUGUUUUGAAGAUUGUUUCAGAAACAAAUCCUCAGGGAUGAGAUAUCCCCUGGAAAAUGUCAGCACUCCCCCUACAAUCUCAGAGCUCUGCACACUGCUGGUGUUUCUGCUCGAUGUCAUCCCUCUGGAGCUCUACUCUGAAGUGCAGACUCAGUACCUGCCCCAGAUGCUCAGCUACAUGGUGCAGUCUCUCCUGGAAAACAUGGAAUUAUUGAGUUUGCCAGAACUCACUCAGGCCUUAAAGACCUGUUUUAAGGUGCUCAGCAAGGUGCAAAUGCCCCCUUCCUACCUGGACAUCGAGACAGGGAGUGGAGAUGGGAGCCCAGUGCCAAAGGAAGAUGUGGACAUAACCUUGGAGCCCAAAUCAGUGCUGCAGGAGGAGGAGGAGGAGGCUCCAUUCCAGCCCCUCAAAUCAGAGGACAGCGGGAUCGGCCUGAGCGCUUCCUCCCCGGAGCUCUCCCAGCACCUGGGGGUGCCCACGGUGACCCUGGAGAGGGAUGACGUCUGGAAGAAAGGGGGGAGCAUCCAGAAGGCUCUGUCCUGCAUCCAGGAGCUGGUUGCCAAGUUUUCCAGCAAAUACAUUUUCGGGGUGCAGCUCCACGAGACGAGUAACGAGGGCGUGGUGGCGGCGGCGGCGACGAAUCCCGGUGGGAAGGAGAGGAAGGAGAAUGGGUACAGGUUCCCUGAGAGUGGCAGCAAGAAAAAGAGCCCCUGGGAUGGCAAGCAGAUCACUGUGCCUCAGGUGAAACAAAUGCUCUCAGAGCUGUUCUCAGCCAGGGGCUCUCCCUUCAGGAACAAGAGCUCCGACCCUCUGCUCCCCACCCACGACUCCGGGAAUAAGAAGGAAAAAGAGGAAGAAGAGUGGGAUUUGGAACAAGUGAUGCUGGUCUUGGGACCCCUGAAAGGUGACUGCAAGGAAGCUUUCUCUGCAGCUUGUCACCUCCUGCUGGAUUGCACCACAUUCCCGGUCUACCUGUCGGAGGAGGAGAUGGAACAGUUGUAUCUGUCUCUGUUUGAGGCUCCUGGAGGUGGUGAUGCCAGCUUCCCGCUGUGGCUGAGGUCCCUGAUGACCAUCUGCUGCUGUGUGAGCGACUGCUACGUGCAGAACGUGUCCAUCUUCACCCUGCUGGAGGUCAUCAACCACUCCCAGUCCCUGGCCCUGGUCAUC